UCUCUUCAAAAUUUUCAGCUCUCUAAAGUCCAUUAAUCUUCAACUUUUAAACGGAAUUGAUGGAAAAUCCAGCAGAAGUUUCAGCAAUUGAACAAAUUAGAAUGCAUCUUCUUGGAGAGUUUUCUCCAAGAGAGGUAUCGUUUGCUGCUGAGAUCGAUAAUUGCAGCAGAACUAGUAGCAUAAGUUCAUCAGUUCAAUCUGACAAUUCUAUUUCGAUUUCUGAUUAUUUCAUGAACUGUGAGCAGAAUGAAUUUGAUUUUAGCGAAUUUUCAAGCGCGGAAUCCGUAGAUUUGGGUCAAAAUCAACUAAACACUCCAAUUAUAGACCUCACACUACCCAAGGUGAAAAAUUUGACUGGGAGGAAGCCUUCACUGAAGAUUGAAUUGCCGGCGGUGAAGAAAUUCGACCGGAUCGAUUUCUCAGAGUUGUCUCAGUUGAACAAGGCGUCGACGGUGCAUGACAAGUCGGUUGGGGAGAAGAAGUGUCACUACAGAGGGGUACGACAGCGGCCAUGGGGCAAGUACGCGGCGGAGAUCAGGGACCCGAAGCGGCAGGGCUCUCGCGUUUGGCUCGGAACGUUCGACACCGCUGUCGAAGCCGCAAAAGCUUACGACAGGGCGGCAUUCAAGAUGCGAGGAAGCAAGGCGAUUCUGAACUUCCCACUGGAGAUUCAGAAGGAAGUAUGCAAAUCGGAUGGCGCCGUGGACGUAGGGAAGAAGCGGCGGAGAGAAGCUGAGGAGGUGGAAGAAGUGAAAGAAAACAAGACGAUAAAACUUGAAACGACGGUGAAAAAUGAAAUGAAGGAAUGGCCGUUAACGCCGUCAUGCUUGGGCUCGAUUUGGGAUGGUAAAUUUAGCUGUCCGCCAUUAUCUCCGUUCGGAUAUUCACAGCUUAUUGUCAUAUGAAAAUAUGUAUGAUUCACUGUUUGUAAGCAUUUCAGUUUGUCGCCAUCGAGUAUAUAUA